AUGUAAAAAAUAAAAAUUAUAGGUACUAAACCGUAAUUUGCCAAUGAUCCAUGGAUCCAAUCCAUGAAUCCACCAAUUCAAUUGGAUUUGGAUAAAAUGGAUUGGAUUUAAAUGGAUUGAAUUAAGCGAAUAUUUUUAAUGGAUUGAUGAAUUGGAUUGGUGGAUUGGAUUGAAAUUGCCACCUCUAAUCAGAAUCUCAGGUCUCAACCAUGAAUGAUGGCUAGUAACUAAAAUAAAUUUCCAGUAAAAAAAAAAAAAAAAACGAGUUCCAUUCUCGGCAUUAAAUUAUCAGUUCAUAAUAUGGGCCAACCGCCAGUGGGCUGCAGAGUAGGCCUCGCCGCCUAGGGCUUAACAUGGUCCAAUUCCAUUUUAAUUUAUGGCCCGCCGGACGGAAAAUGGUAAAAUACGCUAUUCCCAGAAAAUGGUAAAAUACGCUAUUCCAAGUCUCGGGAGAGAGCAUCACUGCCACUUAAGCUUUUUUGGUUAUCUGAGUGAAGCAGAUUGGUCCUCUGAGCAUUCUGAAUCCGAAGAGAAUUACGUUUCUUGAAGCAAGGUAACAGAUUCCUGUUUCUGUACCUGCGACUAUUUUUCGUUCGUGCUUUGGAAUUGAGCAAUUUAGAGUUUUUAGGUUGCAGAGUAGGAGGGAAGUGAAAAUGCGGACUCAUGUCUGCUCAUUUAGGAACGAAAUUUCGGCAGAUCGGCAGCAUCAUUUGCUGGAUAGCUUAGUAGAUUAGCUUUUCAGGACCGAUUUUGCGACAUAUUUUUAGGGGCAAUGUGAACUGAAGUGGAAUAAGAUAGAUAAAGAUGAAGUUCGAGUCUGUAGUGAUAGAAGGAAGCCCAAGGACUGAAUGCUCCGAUAACGUCUACUGCAUUACCGAGGACAGUGCUGGUGUUUUACGGCAGGAAGAAAUCGGAGGUGUGAAAAAUGGUAGCGGGACGACUCCUUGCUCUGUGGAAUUAGCUGACAGACGAAGUGAGAGUGAUGCUGGUGGAUACAAGUGGGUACCUGUUGCAGGUACUUCCUACUCCUCGGCUGAAGAAAUAUUCAUGUUAUAUCAGAACUAUGCGGUGGAAAAAGGGUUUGCUGUUAACAAGGAUGGAACUACCAAAAACAAGAAAGGAGAGAUUGUAUAUUGUAGAUUCUGUUGUCAUAGGGCAAGGAAACCUUCGGAGAAAUUGAAACCAAAACCAAGCCGUAGAGUGAACUGUGGAGCUAGAAUUUAUUGCUCAAAGGGAGGAGAUGGAAGGUGGAAGAUCAGCAAAGUUAAUGAUCAACAUAACCACGACAUGGCACCUUGUAGGUCAUGGCUUCUUCAGCAACAUAGAAACUCGAGUCUUAGGGUCCAAAGUCUUCAUCAGCUUGAUGAUUCUGUUGACGUGCAUACUAUUGCAGAGAAGGGGUAUCGAACUAUGGGGCAGCCGAAUUCUAGGAGGUAUGUGGGAGAAGAAAGGAACUUGUGGCUAGAGGGGAAUGCUAAUGCUAUGUCAAACUUGUUCAAUAGUAUGCAAAAGCAGAGUAAAGAGUUCUUUUACGCUUAUGAUUUGGACUAUGAUGGAAGGUUGAGAAGUGUGUUGUGGGUUGAUGCUAGAAGUAGAGCUGCUUAUGCAGAAUUCGGGGACGUGAUCACAGUUGACACUACAUAUUUUACGAACAAGUAUCAUGUGCCUGUUGUCCCAUUUGUUGGCCUGAACCAUCAUGGUCAUUCCAUUUUACUUGGUUGUGCUCUUAUCAGUGAUGGUGAUACCGAAACUUUUGAAUGGCUCUUUAGAACUUGGUUGGAGUGCAUGGAGUCUCCUCCAACUGGCAUUGUAACUGAUCAAUUUCAAAGCAUUGGAAAGGCAAUCACAAAUGUAUUCCCUAAUGCUAGACAUCGCUGGUGCAUACAGUAUAUUCUGGAAAAGCUCCCGGAAAAGUUUGGCUGCCACAGCCGGUAUGAUGAGUUGUGCGUGGUGAUGAAAAAUUGUGUAUAUCAGUCUUUGAGCAUAGCAGAGUUUCAAGGAUCAUGGAAGAACAUGGUGAACGAGUUUAAGUUGGAAGACAAUGAAUGGGUAGAAGAACUGUAUCUAUCUGCUGAAAAAUGGGUUCCAGCUUUUGUGAUUGAUACUUUUUGGUCUGGAUGGCUGUUUUCUCAAAGGAGUGAGAGUAGGAUUUCAUACUUUGAUGAGUCUUUGAACUCAAAUACAUCCUUGAAGCAGUUCUUAGAGCUCUAUCAGGUUGUCUUGAAGGUUAACAUCGAGAAAGAGAUGGCUGCGGAUUAUAGCAGUUGUGUGGUACCCAUUCAAUGUGCUACAAAACUAGCGUUCGAGGAGCAAUUUCAAAAAAUAUACACGAAUUCAAUUUUCAGAUUGGUGCAAGAGCAAUUAACAAAUACAAUAUAUUGUUUCGAGGAGGUUGCAUCAGUUGAGGGGGGUAAGACGGCUUAUAUUGUCGAUGAUAGGAUUCGUGUUGGUUAUGGUGGGUUAAAGAAUAAGAAGUUCAGAGUCGUACAUGAUGACGUAAGUGGGGAGGCUUCUUGCAAUUGCCGGAUGUUUGAGUUCGAGGGAAUCUUGUGCAGCCAUAUUUUUCGGGUUUUGCUGAGAAGCGGCGUUGAAGUUAUACAUGACCAGUACAUUAUGAAGAAGUGGAGAAAAGAUAUACGCAGGGGUCUUUCAAACAUUAGAGUGGGUUAUGCAGGGGAAGUUUUCACUCCUGAAAUGGAGAGAUUCGAGAGGUUGGAGAAGAGAUUCAAGGAAUUAGCAAAUGUUGCUUGUGGAGAUGACGAGAAGUAUAGAUAUCUGCUUAAUUCGAUGCAGGAAAUUGAGAAAUGCUUUGCUGGGUGGAAUAAUGGAGCGCUAAAGAGGCAUAGGGUUUAGACCAUAACAAAAAGAAGGGGUUUCCAACUGGGGAGAUGAAAGCUUUAGUAACAGCAGAGAAGAACUAAUCAAGCGCUUGCUGGUAACAAAGACAAGUGCUAGUGAAGAUUGCAGAAUGUGUAUGUUUCAAUUGGCCCAUAACAGGAAAUUGUAGAAGAUAAUGAUAGUAAUCAAGUUAGAAGACGCUGAGGUUGAUGUGCAGGUAUGUUUAUUUUCAGAACCUUCCAAUAUGUGUAUGGCAGUUAAUGUUGGUUUUUUAGUGUAGUUACAUACUUAGGGCAACUCCUCGAGUGGUUUCAUUUGAGCUCUUCUAGAGCUCUGGUCUUCAUUAGUCUCAUUGAAGUGAGCACUGAAUAAUGGUGUUCCUUUUUUGAAUGUCGACUGCAUUUUGCUGAAACUCUUUCCCGAGAGCUGCAUUCAUGAAUUAAAACCAUAAGCAGCUUCAUUGAUGUUUGUUUGUUGCAUUCAGCACCAGGGCCAUAGGUUAUCUGACUGCUAUUUGGUUAUAAUCAGGCAUUAAUCGUAUUAAAUCGAGAUACGAUAU